AUGCUGCGUGCCAUCCUUUUCCUUCGCAUCUGCAGUCUGGCAGCAUCCAUCCCACAAAGCGCGUCCGAGAGUUGUCCAGACGAUGUCACAGCACUUCUACAGCGAGAGGGCGACGCUGCGCUGCAACACCCAGGCUUCAACAUCCUUCAGGUGCGCCGCACCAUGGUGAAGAAAGCCAGCCAGUGUGCAAAAAAGUAUUACAAGCAGCUCGAGCUUCUGAACUUGCCUUCAGUAUAUCGCACCUCCUGGCAGCCACGGAAGCUGCCCAUGACUUCUCGCAACUUGGUGAUUGGUGCUGGCAUGGGGACCACCGGCACGCACGGUUUGGUGGUUGCCUUGGAAGAGCUGGGCUUGCAUGGAUACCACUACAAGGACGCAAGGGCUUCAGCAAACGAGCAUGCCAGAGAGCACAAGCUGCCGGAGUUUUUGACCGGAAUUGUCGAAGGCAUGCUUGCCAACACCUCACAAUGCCAAGAGACCAUCGAGAAUUUUGACUUUAGCCAGUUGCCGGAGAACGUCAACUACGUGAGCGACACCCCGUUCACGGAGUCCUUCCUGGACGUGUACUUUCAGUUCCCCGAGGCGAAAGUUGUCCUGACUACCAGGCCUUCGCUGGAGUGGGCACAAAGCCGGCGCAAACAUGGCAACAGCCCACCUCCGGUCAUGAGGCCUUGUGGCCUCUCAGGCUUGAAAGAGUAUUCCGAUGAGGACCUGGCCUCCAUGCUCGAAGCCUAUCAUGACCUCGUCCGCUGUGUGGUCCCCCGGAAGAACUUGCUGGAGCUCAACUUGUUCGAAGAGGGCCUCAACUUGACCAGUAGCCUGACGACGUUCUUGGAAGACAGGCUGACUCAGUCGGAAGCAGCUGGGCCGAAGGCAGAGGUGAAGGCUACGGAAGGCGGCUGGCGGCUGGAGGUCCCCUGGCCAGAAGGCCUCGACCUGUCCAACAUCGAUUUGCAGAUCUCGGAUACAGAGGUUUCGCUGACGAUGCCGGGAGGCAACUUGCUCCUCGCUUGGCCUCAACCCGUGGAUUCUUCAAGCGCUUCGGCCGCCGUCUCAACCAGGAAAGGGCUGCUCAUUCUGAAGGCUCUCAAGAAACAGCGCUCCAUGGCUGACGCAGACCAGUGGUUGGCCUAUGCCUUGGACAGCGAUGACAGCUGCGAGAGCGAACAGGCAGCCAGCCUCAUGUUGCUGCAAACGUCUCGACACAGCAUCGAGACAGCCUCGGUGCGGCCCAAGGAGUUCCCCAAGAGCGCGCCUUCCGUUGUCCGUAGCCGUGGCUACGAUGAGGCGGCAGUCCAUGCUUAG